CUCCCCUUUUUUUUUUUCCUUUUCCUUCUCACAGUGAUGCCUGCUGCGUACAUACGUUGUGCAAAUUUCCAAUCCCUGCGCCGCCCAUCCAAUGAUACGAUCGAUCGAAAAGGGAUCCUUGCUUCAGUUCUUUCUUCUUCCUCGAUCUUCCUGUACGGAGGUUAUAUACGUGUACGAAGGUAAUGGAGAAAUUACGCACGUAUGUACAUAUACCUCGUUGGAAACCUGGGGGUGGAUCUUUUUAGUGCCUACGGUACCUAGACGAAGAGAGAGAUCCUCGCGCUUCGUUCUUCAGCAAGGCCGUCCGUUCGCAAUGGAAGUGGUGGAAAUAAGAAUAAGUGUAUUGUCGGUCAGCUGCCAAGCAUACUAGAAGCCACCCCGUUCAAUAUUGCUCCUCCUAACUAA